UUCAUGGCGUAGUGCUUAAUUAGUUAAGCACAGGCACAACUUUACCUUAUUAGCUAUGCAUAUUUCUGUGUACUUCUGUGAAUACACCUUCACUCGGUUAUAGCGGACUUCGGCGAUAACGCGCGCCGUGCCCCCAUGUUGCACCGUUAUAACGAGGGUUUACUGUAAUUACAUGAGAAACCAUAGCGCCACUACGAGAUUCUGUAAAGGAGAAAGCAUAAAAAUGCACUUCGUAUGAAGAUACAUUAGCUGCGGAAUCCAUUAUGAGUGUCUCAGAAGCUUCUAGCUGUAACAAAUCUCGAAAUUUUUAAAUUGCCCAAAAACCCAAUUAAACCCAGUCUUAAGCAUCCAUUUAGUCUUAUUUGUAUAAAUAAUUGUCGUACUAAAACAUAAAUUACAUUGGCUAGUUAUGUACCUAAUGAGAACUUCAGAAUUGUUUAAAUAAUAUAAACCAGCCUUGAACACUGAAUCUUGCUUUCAUAAGAAUAGCACAGCAGUCAUUAAUAUUAAUAUAUUUCUUUCUUCCUAAUAACCGGCUGAUAGAUGUCCUCUACAUUGGAUUGUGAUCCGAUUUUCUGUAUUUUGGGAUAAAUGAGAGUAAAUUUAUGCAAAAGACCGAAGUUCUAUUAGACGCCACGCAGGAGAUUAGUGUAAAAGUAGAGACAGAGGACUCUAAGAACAUGUUGACAGCCCGAAACCGUAAUGCAAGCUACAACCAUGACAUAGUGUCGAGUGUAUUAGUGGCUGUAGACGGAGUUCGGAUUGGUGAAUAGAUAUAUUGACCACUUAAAAGACUAAUUUGAGGACAUAACUGUAGGUGUGAGGAUAAUAUUAAAAUGGAUAUUACAUAAUAGUGUACUAGUGUGUGUAGUGAAAUUAUCUGUCAUGCGAUUAGGACCAGUUGCGGGCUUUUGUGGGUAUGGUAAUGAAUGUUCAGGUUCCAUAAAUUGAUGGGAUAUUUUUGGCUAGUUUAGCAACUAUUGGCUUCUCAAAUAAAACUUUACUCAGUGCAGUGAAACUGAUGUUAUACAGAUAUGUUACGAUAUAUCAAUAUGUUGAACCCAAGUCGAUAUCGAAUUCUUUUCCCCGAUGUCUCAUGACAUAGCUUUAUGAAUGCCAGCUGGCAUUCUGAACUAGGGGCUAGCAAGGCAGCUAGCAAUUUUGUCUCAUUUCAGACCGCUCCCCGGUUUCGACAGGCGUCGCAAAUUCUUGACCAGAUACAGAGAAUCCACAAGUGAAAGCUGUCCAAGAAAGCCCAACCCACCGAUACAGAAUAGCAUUAAGAUGUCGGUAUCUCGCCUAGCAAUUCAACGUCCCCAACCCCUCCACCGAACUAUUCCGCCGUCCCGAUGCUGUCAUACUAUUGGUCGACGCCUCAUCUGCAAACUCCUCCCAUUAUCACAGCAUCCAUUGGUCGAUGGACCAAAAUCUCCGCCCUCGUGCAAGAUGUUCAGAUGGAAUAGUGUUUCAUAUUGGAUAUAAGGUUUUGUAAAGAGAACAGUUGGUGCAUUUCUUUGAUCUGGAAGAGAGUUGCAGUGAGGUGCAAAGAUGCACAGUGCAGGACACGUGGUGUGCCCCAGCUCUGCGCCGAGUGUAAACAGUGAGUGACGUCGGCACGGGGCUAAACACAGGCAGUGGUAAGGUGCCGUAGCGUCCGCAGGACUGACAGCUGUCAGGUGUCAUGAAUGGACUAUCGCAGAUUGAAGCUGUAUGAAGGAACGAGACCCUGAAUCCGUGAAUAUCGUCAACACAUAUCUAAGCACUGUGACGUCCCAUCAGAAUGACUAUGGAUAUUAACAUCCAGCAGCGCGUACGUGUCGAGACCAGUACGGCCCUGAUAAACAGCAGCAGCAGCCCUACCAGUAACAGUGCACGGAGUUCUGUGUCACCCGACAGCAACCGCUCCCCCGUACCACCAAACACACCCUCAUACUCCCCUAACCUGCCCACCACGACCACUACAAUCACCCCUCGAAGCAUCAAGCGCAGCUUUGACGUCGCAUUCCUUAUGGCUCCUGAUGAGAACUUGGCGAGGAAGCAGUUACAACAGGAGAAGCAACUCAGAUUGGUGUCUACAGGCUGUCUGAUGAACCGUACCUCACCGGUACCGACACACAACACAUCGCCACGCUCAUCUGUAUCACCGCACAACAUGGUACUCAACAGCCACAAUCCACUGUUAGGUGGCGUUACGGAAUCCAUUGUACCAAGGGCAUAUGCGGAGCAUGCGCUGUUAGGAGAUAUGACCGACUCUGCAGUGAGAAACAGCAGUCAAACUGCUGUUGGAACUGAGGUUACUCCAAGGCAGCAUGGUCAGAGAAUUAUGAUAAGUACACACCAAAGUAAGGUUGGAUUGUUUGAACAUUCAGGCCUCUUAGUUCCAAAAACGGUUUAUAAUCAUGAAGAUCUUAUGGACAGAGUCAGUAAAAGUCAAAUUAGCGGGAGUAAAAGUCAAGAUUUUAAUCUUAUCAACAUGACCACUUCAAGAUCUAGUUUCCAUCAUGACGAUGUUUUAGAAACAUGUGGCAAAGGCCAAACGGACAACGAUAGGAACCAAAAUUCUGCAAGCAACACGUCAACAGGCGUAAUGAUCAGAAGCGCCUUUACUAAAGUCACAACUUCAUCGACAAAAUUUGACGCUAGUAACCUUUUAAAUGUACCAUUACCGACGUCUCCAUCGUCCAUGUCCUCCACAUCCGGGGGUCUUUCCCCAGAUCACACAACUUAUCAAGAGAGUAUGAGCCCUCCCAGCAUGGGAGCUGGUUCAACAUUGUCCCCAAUCCCACCACAUUUUAUGCAUUCAAGCUCAAAACAGUUCCAAAGUUCCAUACCGUUACUAUCACCCAAUCACCACCUCUCACCCAAGUCUCUGACAGGUUCAUCGCCUUCAGGAGGAAAGACGCUGACGUCAUAUUCAUCAGCAGCAUUUCUGCUUCAGCAAGAAAGUAACAGCCUGAAGAGUAUCAAAGCUAGCAACGGCCUCUGCAGCGGUGGAACUCCUCUGGGAUCUAACAACGGGAACUUCCGAAACGACAUCGACAGUUAUCUGAUGAAGGCAUCCAUAACAGCCAGCAACCAGCAUCACCAUCUGUACAGCGCUAAUGAAAAGGAACUGCUGCCUGGGUUUCCCAACACUGGGUCCAAGUUACGACCUGCCAGCCUGCUCUAUCACCAUCCAGAGUCCGUUGCGGCAUACUCCACGCUGGCAGCGGCCGCCUAUCCAUUCGCUGCAAAUUUUUCCACGACGGCCGCCGAACUUCUGGUCACACGUGCCCCCCCACCAAGCAUCCUGACGGCGGCGGCAAACCCUGCAGCGGCAGCAGCAGCAGCUGUAGUGUCAGCGUCGCUUUUACCCCCAUCCUUCGCCGCUUUGUCACUACCAGCGCAAAACGUAUGUGCGAAGUGUAACAUUAGCUUCCGCAUGACUUCGGAUCUGGUUUACCACAUGAGGUCGCACCACAAGGGCGACCAUAUUAACAGUGACAUUAUGAGGAGAAGAAGGGACCAGGAGAAACUGAAGUGUCCGGUAUGCAGUGAGAGCUUCAGGGAGAGACACCACCUUACAAGACAUAUGACGGCGCACCAGGACAAGGAGGGAGACAUGGUGGAAGAAGCGGAUGAUGGGCACAGGAACGACGCCGGAGUGGAGGCUGGAGGAAGACGGAGAAUAACAACUUCGGCGAUGAUGGUAGCAGGGCAUAACGCUGUAGCUAAAUGACAGAGACCACUGCAAAGACGUCAUCAGCAACAGACAAAGAAGUUAUUAGGGACGCCUUUAAACCAACAGAAUUUGUAUGUUCUGGGAAAUUACAGUCAACAGAGCCAGUUAUAAACAUACUCUUGCAUUAACGACACGACACAGAAUAAUGUGCAGAUGAUAAUCUUUCGCAUUUGUGCAAGAAAACCCGGGAAACAGAGCGCGUAGGAUCGUAUGGGUUUUCUUGACAUGAAUG